AUGUCUAGCACUGUAUUGGACAAAUUCAAGAGGAAGUGGUAUAACAAGAAUGUAGAACCAAUUUCAUUGACUCCUGUUGCUGGAAGUAACACAACAAACAAUAGUAAUACAACAACAGGUUCCACCAAUGCUAAUAGCAAUGCAGGAACAAAUAAUAACACAAGCACUGAAAGAAACCAAAGCAAUUCUACUGCCGUUAGUCUUUUUAACAAAUUCCAUCCUCAAAUUUAUACAGCCAUUUGUACUUCAAUCAUUGUAUUUGGUAUUCUUGGUAUCAUUUCAGUUUUAUUUUGUCCAACUUGUCAACCACAAGUGCAACCAAGCCCACAAAGUAUUCCUGAUGAAUUUGAUGAUAGUGAUGUAAUUCCACCAGUCCAAGUGGAGCCAAAUCAAAUCUCUCCAUUCAUGUCAAUUUGUCUUCUUGGAUAUACUGCCAGUAUUUUAUUAUCUAUUAUCAUUUUUGGAAUUGAGUUUAUUAGAAAGCAUGGUUGGAAGAAAUAUUCAUAUAUUAUGUUUGAUGAAGAUGGUCAAUAUUUGUUUAUCAGCAUUUUGUUUCUACUCUCAGGAAAGUCAGCUGUCUUUGUUCUGUUGUUAAUUCUAUCUGCCAUUGUUAGAUUACUUCCUAAUCUGGCUAUCAUUACCAAUAAUCAUCCAAAGAUUAUUGAGAUACAACAAAAGAUUUAUUCUUAUGAUUUGGGUGACAAGUUUGCUAGAUUUGAAUUAUUCUUAUUAUUCAACGAAGUAUUAAGCUUUUCUAUUUUGAGAAUGAUUGUUGUUAUCAACUUUAUCUGCCAUCGUUAUUUGGUUUUUGCUCAACUAAGAAACUAUAUUAUGACCAUCAAUCAUGUUAUCGAUCAAUACGUACCAGGAAUGCUCAGAAAUGUUUACACAAAGGCUUGCUAUUAUUUGAAUCAAUAUGUUACCUCACUUUCACAAAGAAAAUUACAAGUCGAGCAAGGUCAAUAA